AACUUCAUUAUCCUCUUCAUUAUAACAUCGUACAACUACUAUAUUCUUUCUGAAUAAUAAAAACCGUGUUUGACUGGGACACGUGGAAAACUACUGGUUGCUAGUCGACCAACAGACACUUUAGCAUUCGUAUGUGUUUUAUCGUGAAAAUUUUCAUAACAAGUUCUCAUUAUUACAGUGAAAUGUAAAUUAUAAACCAUUGAAAAGAUUUCUCGUUAAAAGAUCACUUGCAUAAGAAUUUGGUUGCAAAAAUUUUUAUUAAAAUGACGUAACGCAGAGGACAUAAAAAUGGUUUGUUGACGUGAUUUGUUGAAAUAUAUUUUUCGCAAUUUCAUCUUUUUUUCGCUUCAUCCACAUUCAUACUUUAUAUUAUUUUUCUGUGAAAUUGCUAAUUUAUUAGUGCGAUGUGAAAUUAUAAAAAUUAUAUUUAAUAGUGUUUCGAAAUCGAAUGAAACUUCGAUAUUAAUUAAUUAUAAUAAUAAAUAAUAAAUUAUAAUAAUAAAUAAAUAUUUUCCAAGACAAUCACACCUAUUUAAUAAUCGCAUAUCUCAUCAACGGUCACUGGACAAGAUUCAUGCAACGUACAUGAUCGAUAUGUCAUUGCUCCAGAGGAUCGAUUCUGGUCGAGUUGCAAGCUAAAUAAGUAAACGAGGUAAACGAUAAGGAAAUGGACAAAACAUUAAAUUUAUCUUGAAUGUUAUAGACGAUAAUCGUUAAAUCUGGAUUGUUCCAAGAUAGAUUGAAAGGUUGAUAAAUAAAAAAUAUGUGUCCCGUUCUUUUGUUUUUUUUUUUAUUGAAGAGAAUUGUAAUUCGAAAAACACGAUUGAUAAAUAUUUAUAAAGCAAGUUUUAUGUAAAGUAUACGCUUAAAUGUGAAUCAGUUUGUUUAAUUAUUCAACUUGUAGAUAUUGAAUUAUUUUCUUUUUUCAGAGUUUGUUUCUUUUUUUUAUAAAGGAAUUUUUACAUAAUGAUUUUUACACUGUGUGUAAUGGUUUUUGCAGUUGAAACGAUUAAGAAUUAUCGACUAAUUUACAAGUGUUCGGUUUCUAAAAAUAAUUCGAUCCGAAAGGGGAAUUACCGAACAAGUUGUUGGCCUUGUUCAGUUUUAUCAGCCGGAGUGACGAGUAUUCAAGGAUCACCGUUUUGUUUUCUUUAGCUAUUAACAUAUUUAUUUAAUUAUUUGAUGAAUUAAGUAAGGGGAUUCACUAGAUUUAAAAGAGGAAAGCAAAUUAAUAAUAAAAUAAAUAGAUAUAAAGAGCAUCAAAUUGAUGAAAUAUGUUCGGCAGAUUGAAUAAGAUGAAACAUUCAUAUACAGAGAGAAAUAUAUUACGAUCUUCAAAAACAUCCUUUAUAAAUUUUUCUUCUGAAUUUUUCAAUCGACGAUUAACGAAUCGAUCAUAUUUUCAUUAUUUAUAUUACAUAAAUUAACCUAUACAAAUUUUCUUCUCAUUUAUCAUCUAAAUAUAUCUUUUCAACUUAAAAUCGAUCUUCUGAAACUUCCUCUAAUUAUAAUCUAAUUACGACCUAUAUCAUAAUUAUUGUCUUAGCGAAGAAAAAAAAAAAAAGAAAGAAAAAAAUAAUGUUCCACUUCCUCGUUAUUUUUUUCCAAUAACAUCUAGCGAAUGUCCAGUCUGGAUGACCCGGUGAAUUCUAUGGAAACGUGUUCACAGGUGGCGUCGCGACGCCCUGAAUCGACUUCAUUCGCGACUCUUCCUCGUAUCGCGCACGUUCUCUUUUCUAACUCUGCCGCGAUUCAAUUCACUGUUUCGUAUCACUGUGAAGCUUUUCCUUGUGUUGCGCCAUGCCGCGAAUAUAUAAUCUCGACAUGACAAUUCUAUGAAGUCGAUCAGAUACAAAUGAAUGCAACAAUAUUAAAGUCUUGGCUACUACGAGGAGAAUUUGAGAAAUUGGAACAUGUUGUCCUAGAAGGACGUGGAGCACGAUUGUUGGGUGAAGUUUCCCCAGAUCUUAGAACUAGAGUCUUCCUAAAAGGACUCCCAAAUUAUUUGACAAAAAUAUCUCACAUGCAUGAUGCAGUUUCACGUGGAUCUUUGAUAGAAGCGCAAAAACUUAUAUUCGAAGAGCCUAAAAAGAAAUUGGCCAUUGCCAAAGAUCCAGCUGGUACUCCUUUGCUGCACAAAGCAGUAUAUCACGAUCAUCAAGAUAUCGUUGAGUGGCUUGUGCAAAAUUAUCCUAUUACCAUUCAACAGAAAGACAGAGAAGGGAGAACAGCAUUGCAUUACUGUGCCAAUUGCAAGGAUCCUGAAGCAAUUUGGGAUGUUCUCAUAGAAAACGAUUGUGACGCGAGUAUCAUCGACAAAAGGGGUAAUCCUGCGGCUUAUUAUUUGGAGCAUAGCUCGGAAAUUGAGCUACCGGAAGUGGAGAACAUGUCGCGCCGGAAGACCAACUCUGGCAAAGAAUGCUUAGACUUCAAGCCUUCGAAUAUAAGAAUAUGGAUUCACAAUCGAGACAUAGGAAAACUGCAGCAGGUUUUGUGGGAGGGUCAUGGGAACAAAUUACGUAUGGAGACCAGCAACAACACUCGAGUGAAGAGAUUUUUAGAAGCUGUACCGUUCAUUAUGGGGACCGUGAAAGAUGUUCACACAUUCGUAAUAAAUAACGAUUUAGAGGAGCUCGAGAAUAAAAUAGAGGCCACGUCCCCAAUCGUUCUUUACGGCAAAGAUGGCAACGGUUUGAACGUCUUGCAUAAGGCUUGUGGCUUGGGGUACACGGAAAUCGCAAGAAAUAUCCUCGCGAAAUGCCCUUCCGUUGUGGAAGCUCAGGAGAAUGAUGGAAAGACUCCAUUGCAUUACGCGGCUGCAGCCAAGGAUGAUGGAACUUUGUAUAAUUUGUUAGUCGAAUACGGAGCUGAUGAAAGUAAACUAGAUAACAGAUUAAAGGCGCCAGCAUUUUACAAAAAUCGACCAUCGGACAUAGACCAAUCACUGUUAAACGUGAUACCGGAAGCGCCUCGAGUUGCAGGGACGUCGUAUCCUAAACAUUGGGACUGGAGGAUUUUGGACGCGGAGGAAUUUAUACUUAGAGGAAUGAAGAAGGUUAACAGCGCGGAUAUCGAUAGUGCAUUUGGCAGCGCGGAAUCAGCACCGAAAAAUCUCAGCAGAUCCAUGGAACAGAUAAAAAACGUCGAGGAAGAUCAAAAAGACGAAGAGGAAAACGCGGAAGACGCGGAGGAUGCAAAGAACGAGGAAAACGCGGAAUCUGCUGAAAAUCCGGAGGAUACCAAAAACGAAGAAAAUGAUGCGGAAGAUGCGGAAAACGGGGAAGAUGUGGAAAACGCGGAGAAGAUGGAAGAAACGGAAGAGGCUGAGGUGGCGGAGAAUCCAGAGCCGGAAACCGCGGAAGAGGAUAACGAGGAACAGGGAGCAAAGGUCGAAGAAACGGAAGAGAAGUCGUCGGAUGACGACGUGGUGACAGGUGCAGAGAUGCAAGAAACGGAGGAGAAUCCAAAGAAUCCGGAGAACGAGGAUGAGGAGGAGAGAGCGGAGGAACCGGAAGGUGAGGAUAAAACCGAAGAGGAUAAAGAGGAAGCAGAGGAAUCGCAGAAAGAGGAAGAGGGGAACGAACAGGAGGAGGAGAAUAAGACGGAGCAAGAAGAAAGAAAAGAGCCCAGUACUGGUGAUUCUGGUGUCGAUGAUCCCGGAAACGAGGAAGACCAGCAGGUGAUCGUCGGCGAACACGAGGAGCUUCCGGAAGCAGACUUGAACGAGGGCACGAUGACGGCCGAUCCCGAAAUCGAGAAGCUGCUGGAGACCGGCAACAUGGAGCAAUUAGCCGCGCUGGUGCUCAAUGGCGAAGGUAGAAGAUUGGUUGGUAGGCAUUCAGGGAAUACCGAGCUGCAGACGUUCAUCGAUCGUGUCCCUUCUUACAUGGGGAAAAUUCAUGCUGUGCACAUGGCAGCGCGAGAAGGGAACCUGAGGGAUCUACAAAGCGCCUUAGAUCGUCGCAAAUUUGCAGUUGCAAGAGAUGAAUCAUCGCCACGUGGGGCAACGCCUCUUCACGUUGCAGUGAUAUUUGGAAACACUACUAUUAUUAGAUAUCUAGCAGGCAGGUUUCCAGAAACUACUCAUGCAAUCGAUCUCGAUGGCCGAACACCUUUGCACUAUGCAGCUACUCUAGCGGACAACGGCCAUUAUUAUAACCUUCUACUUCACCUGGGUGCCAAUCCUUUAGUUCAAGACAACUUCGGACAAAAAGCGGAUUAUUACAAACAAGACCAGUCCGAAUUCUCUCACAAAUCACUCCUCCGCGAUUUCGGAGCUAAUGAGAAGUUGGCCGACGAGAUAUUGACGGAUAAAGACGACAAAGUGGACAUAUCGAUAUUUAGAGAAGAAGAGGGUCGCUACUUAGCAUCGUCACUCGGUGAUCCAUUGAUCAGAGGUCUGACAGAAGUUGCCAAUAAUCGUCCAAAAGAUCCAGUUACUUAUCUGGCUACUUAUUUGUACAAUUUUGCCAAUAAAAGCAAUAGCAGCCCGCAGGAACAGGAAUCUAAUGUAUUGAUCAUUCCUGAUCGUCCCGAAGAAAACAUAGAGAAUAUCGAAAAUGAGAAUGGAGAUGAGGAUGCUGGUUAUCCGCAAAGUCCGAGUUCCGAUGUACCAGAAUCAGCUUUUAGCAAUCCUAAUAGAGAUGAGCAUGGACAAAGCGUUAUUCAUUUCGCUGCCAUUAGAUCUUAUCCAAAGGACGGUUUGUUCCACCUACUUCAAGAAAGUCAAGUUAACGUUGGUUUCAGAGACGAAUUGUACAGGACGGCUAGAGAUGUAGCUGAAUUGGCAAAUAUUAGAGAAAAUAUCGACGAAAUUGAUCGUUACGUGGCUUAUUUAGCAGCAAGAGGUGAAACAGAAAAAUUAGUAGAAUUAUUAUUAGAAGGAUACGAUCAUAUUUUGGAUGUAGAAGAUGAAGGUGUGAAUAUUGUAGACAUUGCUGAGGAACGAGGACGAGAAGCAACCGUACAAUUUUUACAAUCUAUUCCAAAUUAUGUGACACAACGUGAAGAAGUACAUCAUGAAAUCAGAACAGGCAAUGUAUCAAAAGUGAAGGAAUUAUUAAAUAAAAAUAACGGUGGAGGAAAACUAUUGGCGAUGGGAAAGAAUUCAAUGAGUAGAUGCGCCCUUCACAUUGCAGUACUUCGUGAAAAUAUAGAACUGGUCCAAUACAUUGCGAGAACGUAUCCAGAAACUUUACGUAUCGGUGACAAUUUGGAAAGAACAGCUUUACAUUAUGCAAUGGGUUUACUAACUGUUGAAGAAUUAAGUAAUAUUCUUAUCAAAGCGGGUGCAAAACGUAUAGUGAAGGAUUUAAAAUCACGGCAACCUUCCUAUUAUUUCAUGAACAAAUCAGACAUAGAGAGACUUCAAGAAGAAGAAAAUAUGAUCAAAUAGAUCCAUUGGACGAUGCUAAUACCGUGUAAUUCUUCAUUUACACUUUUAAAUAUUUAUGU